UGAAUAGGUGGACGACAGUGUUGUUAAGUGUUAAAUAUAGAGUUAAAAGAGAAGCUCCAAGAAUUUAGAUGCUGCCUUCUAUGCCAAUAUUGUUUACGAGGGAAAGUCGAGAUGGAUUUGGCAAUAAAAUCGAACCGAGCAAUUGUUUUUUUAAUCAAAGUUCUGUCUCGAAAACCGCCAUUAUUCCAGAAGAACCUGUACAAAAAAUUGGACAUAAAGUUACAAAGUCAAUAAAUAAAGAUACAGAAACAAAAGAAACUACCAGCAGCAAAAAGAAUGAGCCACCAAAAUUAGAUAAAAAUGCAUUGGAAUCAGCUCUAGUAAGAUCAUAUUACAGAAAAGUGCAGUUAAGAUUUACUUCAAACUCUUCAUCUGCAAACAACUUUCAAAAAUUCCAAGAACUUUUGAAACAAUUUGACCCAAGGAAAGAGACUCCAGUUGAUUUGUACAGACAAGUAGAACAGUUAUUUGGUGAUGAACACAAGGAUGUUGUAGAAGAGUUUUUAUUAUUUUUAAAGCCAGGACAGGCAGCUGAAGUUGGUCGAUUCAUGGAUCAUUUUAUGAUAGUACAAAUGACUAAUUUUAUAAAUGAAUUACGGAUAACUUUAUCCAGAAAACCUACAGUGCUUCGUAAAAUUUUACGUGAAAUGACAAACGGUGUUAACUGUGGUACCAGUGAAAGUAUGAAAGCUCGUAUCCUACCACAUCUACGUUCACAUCCACGGUUAAUACAGAUGUUUAAAUCACUCUUUCCCGAUGAAAGGCCACCAGAUAGUGUAUAUGAGAACAACACAGCGGCAUUGGAUGAAAAGUUUCUAACUGAAGAUAAGGAAUAUGAUAUUUGGGAGUUUGAAGAUGAAAAUGACAGCAAGAGAAAAUUGGAGGCAAAACAGAAUUUAGACACAGUGUAUAUUCAAGAGAGAGUAUUCCUGCAACACGGUAGAAUGUUACGGCCUGCCUCUGUUACGUAUCCAUACAGCAAAGAACCUUAUAGAGUGCACGCGAGACGUCUCGCACCAGCUCAUUGUCAUCUCUCGCCACCAGAGUCUGACGAUGAAAGGUCCUCUCCGAAAAGAAACAGCAAAAGUACAUGUAAAAUUCCAACAAAAAGACCUAAAAAGCAACUAAAAUCACCUACAAAAAAUAUCAAAGAUGUGAACGAUAAUACGAAACAUAAAGAUUGUACUGUUACUUUGAAUAAAUCAGUUAAAGGUAAAGGUGUCGCAAAGAAUAAAAUCACGAAAGAGAAAAAAGAUGUAGAAAUAAAAGAGAGUAAAAGAGACAAAAAAGAGAAGGUAGAUGUAAAAACGUGUCCAAAGAAAGAUGAGACAGUUAAAAUGAAACAAGCAAAAAUAGAAGUACCAACUGUAAAAUACGAAACAAAAAGUUUAAUAAGAGAUGAAGAUAAGUCUAUUUUGCCUAAAGUAAAAAUGGACACGGCGACAAUUAAAUUAGAAAGUAAAACUUUAUCAAGAGAUGAAGUCAAAACUACAACGCACAACACACAAAGCACGGCACCAAUUAAAUUGGAACCAAAAAGUUGGACCAGAGAUGAAGAUAAGACUAUGUUGCAAGUUCUAAAAGGGGAGGCUGGAUCUGAGCAAGUGUUUGGACGAAUAAGGGAAUUGUUACCGCACAGAUCCGCCACGGAGAUAAAGGAAAGAAUCUGCCACGUCAUGAACUUGCUGCAACAAAUGGCAGUAAGCGAAGUUACAUAGUUAAUUAUGACUGAAAUUUUAAUAUUUAUAAGCAGAUAAUGUAAAUUUUUUGAUAAA